GGGAGGAGGCGCUGCGGAGAAACUGAGCUGUGUCCGAGAGCUCUGCUUUGCGGCUCGUGUAUAUAGCGAUGUUCGGCGGCUUCGGCCUUCGGCAGCUGCUAUACUGGGAGAAUCGGCUGACGAGGCGGCUCCCCAGGGAGAGGGGGAGAGGCAGGGGCGAUGAAAGCAGCGAUGGCAGCGAUGCCGACGAGACGCCCAGCGAGAGGGGCAGAGGGAGAGGGACAGCAGGGCCACAAAGCAAUAGUGUGCCACCUUCUUCUUCUGGUCGGCAGGGGAUGCGGCUCGAUGAACUCAGUGCGGACAUCAUUGUGUACAUCCUCGGGUGGGUCAGCAGGCCUGCUCAGAAGCCGCUGUGCAUCUGUGCUCAGGUGGGUAACAAAACAGACAGACAGACAGACAGGAGGACAUCUGACGUCAGAUGGUUCCCCGGUGUGUCCGUCUGUCUGGUCAGGUGUGUCAUCGAUUGCACGGCGUGAGCGUGAAUGAGGAGCUGUGGAGCGGCAUAUUCAGAGAGCGGUUCGCGCGACACCUCUCGCCCUCAGCCACCGUCCGCUAUCUCUCGCCAGACCCUCUGGUGCUGCCGCGCAGACGGCCUCUGCGAAAGAGAGAUAGACACGACAGGCGCAAAGACACGGGAGACCAGCAGCAGCAGGACGACCACAAGGCGCCCCGGUUGCUGCUGCCGAUCCCCCAGCGAGAGAGCUCUGCGUGUGGCCCUCCGGCCCCGCGGACACGGACGAUGUCGUCUGAUGCGUCCACGCCGUGUGAGGGGGUGCGCAGGCGGGCGGGCAUGCCCUGCACGACUUCAUGGAGAGGCAAGUUCGCCGCCAAGCACACUCUGGAAAGGUAAAAAACGGGGGCUGGGGCUGGGGAGAGAGGCGCUGGUUGCUUUUUUGCAUGAUAGACUCCAAGGCGACAUGUGCGGGCACUGUGUGUGUAGGAAGUGGAGUAGAGGUGUGUACGACCACAAGAUCAAGGGCUCAAUGGACGCCAAGGUCAGUCAGUCGCCCACACACCUACGCACCCACAGGCCUUCCUUCUUCUACACCCCAUGUGUCUGUCUGCAGGCGUCGGUGUUGGACGUGUCCUUUGCCAUGUCUGGCGCGCUCAUCCUGGCGGCCUGCCGCGACGGCAGCCUCUACCUCAUGUGCCCACACAGCGGCGAGCGGGUCAAGAGACUCACCCCACCCACCACUGACCCAUCGACCCACCCGUCCGCCACGUGCUGUGCGCACAUGCUGCCCACGGUGCCGACCACACGGAUGCUGGACCGGCUGCUCGAGAAUGGGGAGGCCGAUCAUGAGGAGGUGCAGGUGAUGGAGUGGGACGCCCCACCUCUGGUCUUCGCAGGUACCUGCGCAAAGGCAGGCAGACACACAGACGGGCGUCUGUUGUUGUGUCCACUUGUGUCCAUGUGUGUCUUCCUUGGUUGGUUUAGGAUUUUCUGACGGUCGGUGCAUCGUGUGGGACCUGUCGCGGCCAUCAUCGGCCAACACCAGCGACAACCAGAUAGUGCGGACACUCAACUGCCACCCCAGGGGUGUGUCGGCGCUCGCACUGGUGCCCUCCAACCCCAUGGCCACCCGCUCCCACGCCCACGCCCACGGCACACACAUCGACGGCAAGCUACUGAGUGGCGGGGCCGAUGGAUCCUGCUGCCUGUGGAGCGUGGGAGAGGCAGCCGAUGGGCCGCUGCAACGCUUCCACGGCCACACGGCAUCUGUGGAAGCCGUCGCGCCUGCACGGGAUGGCAACGGUGUCUUCUUCACUGCAUCGAAGGUCGGUCAGUCGGUUGAUUGGGAGGGAAAUGAUGUGUGUUGGCAUGGAUGCGUUCAGGACCGGCUUGUGCGGAUGUAUGACUGGCGAGUGGGCGGCACAAGGCCCGUGUGCGAGUUCCCCAAGCACAAGGACUGGGUCCUCUGCGUCGAGGCGCAUCCCACAUCCCCACACCUACUCAGAAGUGAGCACAUGAGUGAGUGUGGGCGGAAUGGAUGGAUGGAUGGAUGGAGACCGAUACAUAUCAUCUUUAUCUUUGCCUUUGUUGUCUGUCUGUGUCUGCGUCAACAGGCACCGACAAGCAGGUGCAUCUGUGGGAUGUCCGGCGGCCUUUGCAGCGUCUGCCGCUGGGCCCCCACGACCCCCUCCACAGGCACCGGCAGCUCAUCACGGGCAUCAGAUCCGACGCAUUUCGUUGUGUGUCGGUCUCCUUCGACGGGGCCGUCAAGCUCUCAUCACAGGUGUGCGUGUCUGAAGGCAACUAACGGGAAUUUCUCUCUUAAUGAAUGAAUGUGUGGGGCGGUGUGGCUUGGUUUAUGUGUGUGUUGUGGUCAGGAGGAUCGGAGCUGGCGCGGGGGUCAUGGUGAUGAUGGGGGCGAGGUGGUGUCGCUCACUGUGUGCUCCGACUGGGUCAUGAGCGUCGACUUCGACGAGACGCAGCUCGUCACAGGUGCGGGCAGUAGUAGAGGGCAGCCUGGAUGGAUGGAUCGAUGGAUCGAUGGACCCACGCACCAAUCGCCAUCCAUAUGUGUGUGUGUGUUUGUGUGCGUGUGCAGGCACUGUUGACGGGAGAGUUGAGAUAUUCACAUUUACCUGACUGGCUGGCUGGGGCGUAGGUAUGGGCGGAGGGGUGUCAACAGAGAUGCAGUGUAAUAUGACGCAAUGUACUGUAGUGUAGUGUAGCAAAGGGAAGGGCUGGCUGGCCUGCCAGCCUUCUCACAAGGGUCGAGUCGAUCUUAACACACACACACACACACACAUACACACACACACAUACACACG